AUGGCGAACCGAGGCUACGAUGUCGUCGUAGACGUAGAUGCAGAGGGCGACCUUGGGCAUACCGACUUGCAAGAAGACCUUGAAUUCCACCCUUCAAACUUCGAGAGCGACCAAAGGAACAACAAGCCCCAAGGCGACUCGGCUCCGUUCCUGGGCGGCGGGUCGUCGCGCAACCGCGACCGGUCUCCUGGCGGCACGCCAACCAAGCACAACUGGUGGUCUCUGCACUACUACGAGCAAUUUUUCGACGUCGAUACAAAUGAGGUAUUCCGCCGCUGCGUCGCUGCUUUAUACCCCCGUACCAACUUCCUGGAUGUGUUGGAGGGUAGAGCGGACUUGUACGGGCCUAUCUGGAUUGCUACCACGGUAGUCGUGAUCCUAUUCUUGACGGGUACUAUCUCGCAAUGGCUGUCGAACAAUGACGACAAACACUUCGAAUAUGACUUUACAUUGCUCUCUGGGGCAGCAGGCUUGAUCUAUGGAUACACGGGUAUCUUGCCUAUUGCGCUGUGGGGCGCGCUGCGUUGGUUCGGCAGCUCCACGGCAGAUUUGAUUGAGUGCUGGGCCUUGUAUGGAUAUUCGAACUUGGUUUGGAUUGCCGUUGCGCUGGUUAGCUGGAGCCCACUGACUGCGCUCAACUGGGCGCUUGUUGGUGUUGGCUUUGCUUGGACUGUGUUCUUCCUCCUGCGGAACUUGUACCCAGUCCUGAAUGCUACAGAUGCCAAGGCGAGCAAGAUCCUUUUGAUCUUGGUUGUGGUUCUACAUGCAGGACUCGCUAUCGCCAUCAAAGUGCUUUUCUUCGCUCAUGGAAGUCCGGUUUCGAAGAAAAACAAGGAGACCCCCAAUGACGACAACAAGACAGAUGACAAGCAGGGAAUGAUGUUCAGGGCAUAG